AUGGCUCAACUAUGUGAAUCACAAAAAACGUUAUCGGAACGUAUUUUUAAAUUACAAAGCAAUACCAAAAAGACAUCUAAAUCAAGAUACACACUUGGCUAUAUACAAACACGCAUAGAAACACUAGAAAGUUAUUGGUCUAAGUAUCAAACUCAAUAUGAGAUGAUUAAAUCAACUGUUACGAAAACUGAACUAGAGCAAUUACAAUUCAAUACCGAAAGUCUAUACGAGACAACUGAAGACAUAUACCUAGAAUUUAAGGGAUUUUUAAAGGAUUAUUUGUUGGAAUUUUCGAAAAGUCAAGGUCAACCUACGCAGAGUUUGUUAAGAACAAAUGAUGGCGAGACCACCCCGAUUAGAGCUAAAUUACCUCCUUUAUCGAUUCCAAAGUUCGCCGAUACUACGAAGGAAUGUUUGAAUUCUCUUGAUAAUCUCGGCGUGGAUACCUCCACAUGGGAUGCAAUCAUCGUACAUUUAGUUGUAUCCAAAUUGGACUUAGAAACUCACAAACAAUGGGAACAGUCACUUGGAUCAUCUCAAGACAUAACAACAUUUACCACUUUAUCAUUAUUUUUAGAAAAUCGUUUUCGUUCUAUGGAGAUGGGUCACUCCGUUAAUGCGUGUAGGCAGAGCACCAAUUGUAGAAUAUGUAGUCGACGACAUCACACUCUGCUGCACUUCACAAACCCUAACAAGACCACAUUAGUGCCAGAAAGCGAUGCAGUAACAUCCAGUACACCUGUAACAAGCCAAACCACAUCAACCGUCGUUUACAAAGCUGAGGUUGACAGUGACAGUGAAGAAGUAAUAUUGGCAACUGCACGAAUUGCAGUUAAGUCGAGGAACGGCGACACUAUAGUCUUGAGAGCACUGAUUGAUCCGUGCUCGCAAUCAAACUUUGUUACUGAAGCGGCAGCUCAACUGCUUAAUCUCGAGCGCACUUCAAUCAGCGGAAAAAUUACUGGCAUAUCAUCUAUACCGCUGACAACCAAGUCACAAGUUACGUUGAACUUUCAUGCUAUUAGAAAUCCAUCACACAUGAUCACAGCUAAGGCGUACGUCCUUAGACGAAUAAAUUCGAGAUUACCAUCACAAGAGAUACCACCAGAUACCUGGCCUUCUUCUGAGAUUUCGGAUCUUGCGGAUCCACACUUUCACAUGCCAGGAUCUAUCGACGUGCUAUUAGGUGCAGUUGUAUAUGCGCAUAUUAUUCUUAACGGAAUAAUAAAACGCAAUGAGUCUCUGGUCGCUUUGAACUCAAGAUUGGGAUGGCUAGUAAGCGGCGAAGUUACGCAAUCUGGCCAUCAGUCACACAAUGUAGUUGUUAUGCACACACAAUUCGAAGUUGAUCAGUUGCUACGUCAGUUUUGGGAGAUCAAUGAAUAUUCACCAAACGUGAAGCCUCUGUCAAAACCUGAAAUGCAGUGUGAAGAGCAUUUUAAGAAAACUCACACUCGAAACACUGACGGUCGAUAUGAGGUUAGACUACCCUUCAAGGACGAAGACGCUCCAAAUUUAGGCAACUCCAGACAACUUGCUUUGAAGCGUUUACUUCAGAUGGAGAAUAAGUUUAAGCGAAGACCCGAGUUUCACGAAGAAUACUGCAAGUUCAUGAGGCAAUAUGAGUCACUCGGUCACAUGGAGGUCGUCCCUGAAACAGAAAAGAAGAAUAGAGCUUAUCACCUACCACAUCAUGCUGUUCUGCGUGCCUCAAGCCUCACUACAAAGUUGCGCGUAGUUUUUGACGGAAGCGCUAAACCUGUAGACGGAAACUCACUUAACGAUGAGCUACUCAUCGGCCCACCGCUGCAACAAGAUAUACGAGAAUUAGUAACACGGUGGAGACAACAUAAGUACUGCAUAGUAGCUGAUAUACAACAAAUGUACCGACAGAUACUUAUCUCAAAGCAAGACACUGAUUACCAGAGAAUCUUGUGGCGCGAGUCAUCGGAAGAUCCGAUUACUUACCGUCACAUAUGGCAGUUCAUGUGCUCCAUAUCUUGCCAUAAGGACACUUCAUCAACUUGCAGAAGACGAACGUGA